CACAGGAGCCAACCGGUGAACGAAGAGACUGUCUGUCGGUGUCCGUCCACACAGCCAGAGAGCUUUCUAAAUGGAAACAGAGGAAUAGAGGUGCUGAACAUUUCCCGGGCUUUCACUGCACAGACACACCGGUUCGUGGAAACUAUAGCAGCUGAAAAGUUUACGUGUGUUUUUACAUGUGACGCUCUCCCGGGUUUCUUUAAAAAUUAGCAGAGUGCGAGAGAAGAAAAAACACUAAUAAGACCGUCCGCUCCAACUUCACAACAGUAAGGUCGCUAUGGUGAACAGCAGGGUGGAGGCGCCCACAGUAGCAGUAAUGGGUGGAGGCGGCGGGGGGACGGCAGGCAGGUCGUGCGCAGGAUGCGGAGGUCGAAUCGCAGACCGCUUCCUGCUCUUCUCCAUGGAACAGUACUGGCACACACGCUGCCUCAAGUGCUCCUGCUGCCACGCUCAGCUGGGAGAGUACAGCAGCACCUGCUACAGCAAAGGAGGCAUGAUCCUCUGCAAGAAUGACUACAUCAGGCUGUUUGGACACAGUGGAGCCUGCAGUGCAUGUGGACAGUCCAUCCCUGCCAGUGAGAUGGUGAUGCGAGCACAAGGCAACGUUUACCACCUUAAGUGUUUCACCUGUGCGACCUGCAGGAACCGCCUGGUGCCCGGUGAUCGCUUUCACUACAUCAACGGGACAAUCUUCUGUGAACAUGACCGGCCGGGAGGAGGCCUGCUCAGUGGACACCCGACCCCACUGCAGACCAACAGCAUGAUGUCUGACCAGAAGGUCUGCUGAGGAAGAGGACGGGAAACCAAAUGUGUGCCUUCUCCCCUGCACCUUCCUCCUCUGUCUCGUCUUCACCCUCCUCUUCCUCCUCUACCUGUAAACCUGCCAUUGGUUGAUCUCCCUCCAUUCAGACAGACUGUACAAUCUGGAUUCAUUCACUCCUGCUGCUGGUUUCCAUUUCAACUCACAGAUACAAACUGGCUUUUGUGAGAAAAACAUGAGGAGUGAAACGUGAACACGUGCAGUGUUUAUUUGGAGGCGUGAGGACGCUGAGGAUGCUGGGAGUUCUUCAUCCAGCAGACUGCUGUCUAUUGUUGAACUGUGGCAAUAUGACAGAUCAGAGCUGGCACGGCUAAUGGAAGACUUGUCCUGGAAUUAUCCCAUUCCAGUGAUUCCAGUGGAAUCACACAUUACCUUUAUCCUGCCAGCCAGCUGCAACGGGCGAGUGAGGAGAGAACACUAACAGCAGUGUGACUCCUGCAGGACAUCAGAGACCAUACACACAACACACACACACACACACACACACACAUAUGACUCUGACACGUUUUUGGUUUUAGGAAAUAAACUUGUGAUUUGAGCUGCUUCUUCCACACUGCAAGGAACAACUGAACAAGACUAAAUCUAUAUUGAUACUUCAAACAUUUUCUCUAGUACUCUUUGUGAACAUCUUAGUCUCCACAUAGUUUUUUUUUUACCACAGUGGCUCUCUGUUGAUAAAGUUCCUACUAAAGACAGAAAUCAGUCUCCAUACUGAAUGUUUGAAGAGCCCAACCAAUAUUGGAUUUUUG